CUCUCAUGGAGCUGUGGGUGGUUCUCCUCUGUGCCUUGGUGUCGUUGCUGCUUGGUGGCCUCUAUGUCCUGGGGGUAUUUCGGAGACGGAGACCAGAUGAGCCGCCCCUGGACAAAGGCACCAUUCCCUGGCUGGGCUACCUGCUGGAUUUCAGGAAGGACAGUUCCGAGUUUCUAAAAAGGAUGUGGAGGAAACACGGAGAUGUUUUCACGGUGCUGAUGGGUGGCUAUUACUUCACCUUCGUGAUGGACCCCUUCUGCUUUGGCAGCAUUGUGAAGGAAUCACGGUCUAAACUGGACUUUAGGGCUGCUGCAACUCAGCUGGUCCUGCAGGUUUUUGGCUACAAGCCCAACGAAUCCAGCCACAACGUAGCCCGUGAAUCGAGCGUGAAGCACCUGACGGGAGAGGGGCUCAGUGUCCUGACUCAAACCACCAUGGAGAACCUCCAGAAGCUGAUGCUUUUCAACCUGAGCCCAGGAGAGGAGAAGCGAGUGUGGCGGGAGGAGAACCUCUUCCACUACUGCUACAACAUCGUCUUCAGAGCCGGGUACCUGGCUCUGUACGGCUCUGAGCCACACCAGGGGGCAGGAGACAAGGAGAAAGCUGAGGAGCGAGAUCGUGUCCACUCCAACCAGCUGUUCCAGGAGUUUCGGAAGUACGACCGCCUCUUCCCUCGCCUGGCCUUCUCUCUGUUGCCUCACAAGGACAAAAGAGAAGCCGAACAGCUGAAGAGGCUCUUUUGGAGCGUGCUGUCUGUGAAGAAGGCCAGGCAGAAGGACAAUAUCAGUGGGUGGAUCAGUGAUCAAGACCAACUUCUGGCAGAAAACGGUGUCCCCGAGUACAUGCGGGAUCGUUUCAUGUUUAUGCUCCUCUGGGCAUCCCAAGGCAACACGGGCCCAACGGCCUUCUGGCUCCUCCUGUACCUGCUGAAGCAUCCAGAAGCUCUGAAGGCUGUGAGAGGUGAGGUAGACAAAGUCUUGAGGGAGAAUGGGCAGCAAGUGAAGGCAGGGAGCCGUCCAGUUACCAUCACUAGGGACAUGUUGAACCAGGCUCCUCUUCUGGACAGUGCUCUGGAGGAGACCCUUAGGCUGGUGGCAGCCCCGCUGCUGGUCAGAGCUGUCCUGGAGGACAUCAGCCUCAAGACAAGCAGUGGGACAGAGUACACCCUCCGCAAGGGAGACAGGGUGGCUCUGUUCCCUCACCUCGCCGUGCAGAUGAACCCAGAAAUUCACCACGAGCCUCACAAAUUUAAGUACGACCGUUUCGUGAACCCAGAUGGCACCAAGAGGGAUUUCUACAAAAACGGGAAGAAGCUGAAAUACGUCAACAUGCCCUGGGGGGCAGGAGUAUCCAUCUGUCCCGGGCGGUUCUUCGCCAGCGCUGAAAUGAAACUCUUUGUGUUUUUGAUGCUGAGCCACUAUGACCUGGAGCUGGUCAAUGAGGAGGAGGAGAUCCCAGGGAUAGACAUCAGCCGCUGGGGAUUCGGGACCAUGCAGCCCGUUCACGAUGUUCGGUUCAGAUACCGGCCACGCUUUUGACUUUGGGAAGCCCCUGUUGUGUUGUUUGUUUCGGUGUUACCUCUGAGCAAAUUGUGUGAUCCCGUGGUUAUCAGCUCCUGAUCUGAUCUUGUUUGCUUAACAUUUAUCAUGGCUUGUGUUUUUACCUCUGU